AUGGCAGCUCGCGCAGAAGAGACGUUUGUGGCAGUUGGAUGUUUUUCUCUGGUUCAUCUUAACGAAGCCCCUCCAACGGACACACCGUCGAGAAGAGCUUACCUGCUGGGACCGCUUUUGGAGGAUCCACCGAGUGGAGGUCUGUCUGGUGACCCCGUUGAUGUGAAGAAACGUCUCGCAGCGUUUGGAAAAAACUACAUUCCCCCAAAGAAGGCCAAGAUGUUCCUGCAGCUGGUGUGGGAGGCCCUGCAGGACGUCAGGCUGGUCAUCCUGCAAAUCGCUGCCAUCAUCUCACUGGGCCUGUUCUUCUACCAACCACCAGGGGGCAACAGUACAAUAUGUGGCCAGGUUGCUGGUGGCGUGGAGGAUGAGGGCGAGGCCCACUCUGGCUGGAUCGAGGGCGCCGCCAUCUUGUUCUCUGUCGUCAUCGUGGUCCUGGUGAAGGCCUUCAUCAGUUGGUCCAAGGAGAAACAGUUGCGCGGGCUGCAGACUCGUAUGGAGCAGGAACAAAAAUUCACAGUCAUCUGCAAAGGUCGGGUCAUCGAGAUCCCAGUGGCCGAGAACUUGGUGGGAGACAUCGCUCAAAUCAAAUAUGACUGGAUGAGACCUGAUGGGAUCCUGAUCCAAGGCAACGACCUCAAGAUUGAUGAGAGCUCUCUGACCGCA